AGUCUCACUACUAAUAGGUGAGAGUUGACAGCCCUGCAUUUAUAUUUAUGGUUAUUUCAAUUAACAACUGGAAACCUGCUAUUUAACGUUUCUGUCACUGCGCAUGCGCAGAAAGGGGUGUUUGGUUUUCCUGGUUUUAAAGUCACAUGACAAGAGGAAAGUCCAGCUUCGGUCGGCCACAACCAUCCCAAAUUUAUUAAUGUCACUUUGAGACAUCGAACAUGGCAGGCUGAGCUUCUGAGAACCAUGACUCUGCAAGCUCCUCGUACAUCAGUAUUCACCUUUCAGUCUGCGUUGCACAGUGCCCACGUGCUCCAGUGUCUGAAUGAGCAGAGGAAGCAGGAUAUCUUGUGCGAUGUGACGUUGGUGGUGGAGGACAGGAGUUUUCGGGCCCAUUGCUCAGUCCUGGCCUCGUGCAGCGAGUACUUUCACAGUAGAGUUACUAGUCUCUCCAGACAGAAUCCCAUUAUCACCUUACCUGAGGAGGUGACCGUCGAAGGGUUUGAACCUCUGCUUCAAUUCGCCUACACAUCAAAGCUGCUUUUCACCAAAGAAAACAUCCAUGCUAUUCACAGCACUGCUGAGAUUUUAGGAUUUCACAACUUAGAGACAGCUUGCUUUGAUUUCCUCAUUCCCAAGUUUUCUGAAAGUAAAAAAAACUCACAGGAGGUCCGGAAUAAGAGCUGCUGUCAAAGCUUGAAACCUGGUACUAGUUGCAACUCUAGUGUAGAAGUUAGCCAUGCAGAAUCAUUCGAGUCAGACAGCUCAGUGCCUUCAGGAGGUGAUGAGCAAACCUGCUUCCCAUCACAGUGCCCUCAGAGCACACAGGCUCAGACAAACAGUGGGGAGGAACCGUUUUGUUUUGAGAACUGUGGACCACAAAUGGCUCCCUUAACUUUAGAGUUAGCAGAUGGUGUGUGCCCCCUGUUGUCUCUGCCAAGCCCGGGCCCAAACAAAACAGAUCAUUCCUCUCAUUUUUGCAAAAGAGACAUUUUACAGAUGGGAGAUGUAAGUGAUGGGAGUGAGCUGAGUGUGGUAGGGUGUGACACAAGCUGUGAGCUGUCAACCCCAGCGGAAGAGAAUCCACCAGAAAUCAUUGAGCCAGCAAGUCCAGAUAAUGAACCCACUGUUGAGACGCUUGGUGCUGAAACCAGCUUUACCUCAGGCUCAUGUUCACUGAACAUGUCAAGGGCGGAAGGUUCUAGAGAAGAAACUAGUUCAGUAUUACAGCAGAGGGAGGUUUGUACUGAACAGGUAGUUGAACCUGCCUUAACGCCGUUAAGCUGUGAGGUAGGAAACGGAGAGCGGAGCAGUGUGGAGAGGGAAGUGGCUGAACAUUUAGCAAAAGGAUUUUGGCCAGACCUGUGCCCAAGUCAGGCUCCACCUCCAUCCCUCGAUUCAGUGAGCCAAAACAAUUUGGCCAAGGCCUCCGACUUUCACUGGCUCAAGCACCUGGAUCUGACAUCCAGCGUAGGGGACUGUCCCUUUCUACGGGACCUCGAUACAGACGAUGAUCCGGGAGCGCAAGCUGACAACUUUUCCCAAGCAGAGAAGAGUCCCUGCAUGUCCUCCUCACUCAAUUCCGGGGAUGAAACAGAGCUGGAAACAGAUGGCGACGCAGAGGCCAAUCAGAAAAGAGCAGCAGAGAUUCAACUCCCAUUUCCAGUGGAGAAAAUUUCUGAACUGAGCAGAAGCGCUUUCCAACAGCUCGUUAAAAAACAUCCCCUGACAAAAGAACAACUUGAGUUUGUGCAUGACGUCCGCCGGCGAAGUAAAAACCGUGUGGCUGCACAGCGCUGCCGGAAGAGGAAGCUGGACAGCAUACACCAGCUAGAAUGUGAAAUAAAAAAAUUAAAAAGUGAAAAAGAGAAGCUGCUUCUGGAGCAAAAAGAUCUGCAGAAGAACCUCGCUGAGAUUAAACAGAACGUGUGUGGCCUCUGUAAAAGUGUUAACAUCGAGUCGGGCUCAGAUCAGGACCACAUGCAACUCCUCGCUAACCUCUCUUCAGUCUCUUCAGACUUUCCCAUCUCGUCUUCCAGUCUCGUAGAACGAAAUGAGGAAUCGGAGCUCACUGUGGAAAUGGUGAGUUCCUCAUUAGAGUGGGGACAGACAGGGCCACCUUUAGUCCCCGUUCAAUCUACGGAGCUGCAGUCGUGUACCGAGGAGACGGACCGUCCUGUCGCUAAUCCUUUACUCAGCGUAUGUCUGGACAUGUCCGACAGCUUGUAAUUAGGCUGAAAUCUUAGUAUUUUUCUAAAAUCUACAGAAACAGACAGCAAACGGUUAACCAUCAUUUAUACUGCAGUCCUUUUUUAAAAGACUUCCCUUUUAUUUCACUGACUCAUGUCCUUUUUUAAAGAGGUAACUAAAGUUAAAAAUCAACCAUUUAUUUCCCUGUGAAUCUCAUCAGUAUUUCUCCAAAUUAAACACAGACUGCAGUAUUUCUGAGCAUGAUGAUGCAAGGAGCUUCUUUGGAAACUGAAAAUGUGCUGUUCCUAAAUUAGAACUUUAUGAUGCUUCCUUAACUGAGGUUCGUUUUUCUCAGGGAAAAGAAUAACCUGAAUGUAUUUUAAAUCCCACUUCACACCCACAUUCCACAUAAAAUGAUAAUUUGUUGCUAUUAAUGAUAGACAUGUUUUUCUUACUUCAAAUUGAAUUUGCACAAAGUGAGGUUUUCGGUUGAUUCUAAGUAGGUUUUACUGCUAAUUAACCCUUCAGAAGCAUUUUGGGAUGCCCCUAUGUAUUGUUUGAAUGGUUUGUUUCAGCUUCUUUUAAAUUUCAAGCAAUGGUUCUAUAAAAUCUGAUCGUCUGGAAUAAUAAAUUAUACAGUUAUGUUAUUUGUAUUGAAAUGUGCCUUAUAAUUAAUUGUGCUAUCAAUUUAACAAGAUUAUGCUGUUAAAUGAUACAAUUUUUAUUGACUUAUGCACUGUUGCACAUUAACCCAUACUUAUACCGAUGGCAUUAUCUUUCAAAUGUCUUUCUGCAUGUUGAGCAUUGUUUUUAUAAAAUGGUUUUAUGAAUUACAAAUUAAAAUA